AUGAAGAUUACAACCAAGAUUAAGAAAGCUGAAGAUGAAGGAAGGAUGUUUUAUUCUUUUGAGUAUUUCCCUCCAAAGACAGCAAUGGGUGUUCAAAAUCUAUAUGACCGUAUAGAACGAAUGCAGCGAUUUGGCCCAGAAUUUAUAGACAUCACUUGGGGAGCAGGCGGAUCUUCAGCUGAUCUGACAACAGAAAUAGUUGCGACUACUCAAUCAGUGUAUGGACUUGAGACUAUGAUGCACUUGACAUGUACCAAUAUGCCAAUAGAAAAAAUAGACAAGGCAUUGGAGGCAGCUAAACAAUGUGGCUGUCAAAAUAUUUUGGCUUUACGUGGUGAUCCGCCCAAAGGUCAGCUAAACUGGGAAUCAUGUGAGAACGGAUUCAAUUAUGCUAUUGAUCUCGUUCGAUACAUUCGUGACAAAUACGGCGAUUAUUUCUGUAUCGCUGUUGCAGGCAAUAUAUCAACUCAUAUAACAACAGGCCACCCAGAGGGACAUAUUGACAAUCCAGAUAAAGACGAUGACCUUUUGAGACUUAAACAAAAAGUAGACGCAGGAGCUGAUUUGAUUGUCACUCAGCUCUUUUUUGACGUCGACAUCUUUGUGGACUUUGUCAAACGAUGUCGAGAUAUCGGUAUUCAAUGUCCCAUUAUACCUGGGCUUUUUCCCAUCCAAAGUUACUCUAGUCUCUCUCGCGUCAUAUCCUUCAACAAGAACCAUGUGCCACAAAAGAUCUGGGAUGACCUAGAAACAGUCAAGGACGAUGAUCAGGCCGUGAAGGAUUAUGGUAUUGAUUUGACCAUACAGUUUAUAAAGCGUAUCAAGCAAGAGACAAGUAUCUCUGGUUUUCACAUCUACACGUUCAAUCUCGAACGAUCUUCUCGCUUGAUUCUGGAGAAGUUAGGCCUUGUACCUGAACAAGAGUAUGUCAAGCCUCUGCCUUGGAAUCCCAGUCUUACACCAACACGUGGCAAGGAAAAUGUACGACCUAUUUUUUGGAAACAUCGCACACAGAGUUAUAUCCAACGAACAGAGUCAUGGGAUGAAUUUCCUAAUGGUCGAUGGGGUGAUGCGCGCUCGCCUGCGUUUGGUGAAUUUGAUCGAUGGGGUGUGUCCAUCAAGUACCCUCCAGAGAAACAGUUGGCAAUGUGGGGAACGCCCGAAUCCGUGGAUGAUAUCGCCCUUCUCUUUGCAAAGUACUGUAAAGGUAAAUUAGAGGCUCUUCCCUGGAGCGCACAAAAGUUGGAUCCCGAGACAGAUAUUAUCAAGCAACGAUUGGCAGCGAUCAAUUUCCUAGGUUAUCUCACCAUCAAUUCCCAACCUGCCGUGAAUGGAGCGAGAAGCUCGGAUCCAGUCUAUGGGUGGGGCCCAAGGAACGGAUACGUCUAUCAAAAGGCGUAUAUCGAAUUCUUUGUGUCUCCAGAACAGCUGCAAGUUUUGAUAGAUAAGAUGAGCAAUGAACCUGAAAUAACCUAUUUUGCUGUCAACUACAAGGGAGAAUUGAAAACAAACACAGUAUAUAAAGAGCCCAAUGCGGUCACUUGGGGUGUGUUCCCUGGAAAAGAAAUUAUACAGCCCACAAUUGUUGAAGAAACAGCCUUUAUGGCAUGGAAAGACGAAGCUUUUGAGCUAUGGAGUGAAUGGGCCAGGAUCUACGACAGAAAAAGUCCAUCAGCCGAGAUCAUCUUGGACAUUCAUGACCAUUGGUACUUGGUCAAUAUUGUACAUAAUGAUUUCCAGGAUGAAGAUGGUAUCUGGCGUUUGUUUGAUUUGGAAAUUGAUGGUGACCUAUCCAGAAGGCUACGAAGGGGCUCAGGCUCACUUUAA